AUACGAAUCUUGAAUAUUUAUACAAGGAUUGUAAAACUGUAUCGGAGGUUGUACCAAAAAAAGUCGAUAAUAGUAUAUUUUAUGUUGAAAUCUUGGUUCAACCUUUUCAUACUACUAAAAACCGGAUAGCGAUUUAGAAUCCCGGUACGAAUUUACAUGCUUGUAUCACCUUAUUAGCUGGUCCGGUUGAAGGCCGAAACGGGGUUAACUUUAAAACCUCCCUCCGAUGUCGGCCUAGUUUGGUCAACCGUCAAUCACUAGCCCGAUUGCUAUUUAAAACCGUUGAUGCGUAUACUUAAUUAAUUGCAAGAGAAUCACAUAACUACGGAACCACCUUAAGAAGAAGGAACGGAAGAGUAAAAGUCGAUUAAUUAUUAUUUUGGAAGAAAACUUCCCAACGGGAAAGGGGAAGAAAGAGCGGUGAAACCACCGCGCUGGCGCUGGUGCGGCGACUAGAAGAGGCGCCGCGAAACGGAAGAUUAGACGAAAACACGAGACAGCCCACUUGAUAACCGCGUGGCUGCAGCAAUCAAUUUUACGCGGCCGCGGAUUUCCCCUUUCCUCUGGAAGCAACAAGAUCUACCCCCUCUCUUUCAUUUUCUAUUUAAACAAGGGCACGGCCUUGGAGCUCCAAAGUCAAUUUCUCCAAAAAGCACAUCUACCUUUUCAUCGACCUGCAGUUCUUUUUCCAGAAAAUACAUCUUCCUUUUCAUCGACCUGCAGUUCUUUCUCUUCGUCUUCUGAGCAAUUCGAUGUCGUUCGCUUCUGGGAUUCAUGGUCAGCUGCUUGAAGUCACUGUUGUUGGGUGUACGAAACUGAAAGAUACCGAAUGGAUUUCAAGGCAGGAUCCUUACGUUUGUGUUGAGUAUGGUAGCAACAAGUCCCGGACAAGAACUUGCACAGAUGGCGGCAAGAACCCCACGUUUCAAGAGAAGUUUGUGUACACGCUUAUUGAGGGACUGAGGGAAUUGAAUGUCCUAGUUUGGAACAGCAAUACAUUGACGUUUGACGAUUUCAUCGGCAGUGGGAAAAUUCAAUUGCACAAGGUUCUAUCAGAGGGCUACGAUGACACAACUUGGCCACUUCAAACGAAAACCGGCAGGCAUGCUGGGGAAGUCCGACUCAUAAUGCACUAUGCCAAUGCUAAUAAACCAGCCACAAGUUACGCUCAUUCGGCACCUUCAUACGGAACACAUGGUCCCCACAUCUCAAUGUACUCAGCACCACCACCAUCAGCAUAUGCACCACCUCCAGCACCUGCUACCAUGGCAGGUUAUGGCCCUCCCGCAACUGCUGCAGGUUAUGGCCGACCUCAACCUGCAACCACGUUAGCAUAUGGAGCAAUGAGUACAGCCUCUCCAUAUGCUAAUGCUCCCCCAACAGCACCCUAUCCAUCACAUCCUUACUCCUCGUAUCAUCAGCCUUCAGCGUAUCCUCCAUCUCCUUACCCUUCUAUGCCAACUUCUUAUCCUCCGCCAUCUUCAGCUUAUCCUCCUCCACCAUCAGCCUAUCCUCCACCUCCACAAGGCUCGCCUUAUCCUCCAGGCCCUCCUGGAUAUUAUCCUCCUCCACCAUAUUAGGGGGUGAAGAAGUUGGGUCUGCCUGGCUGCCCAAAGAGAAAUGUACAAUCGAACUUGAAUCCUCAGUACAUAGAACUAGGAGCUUUAGCUGUGACGACUGUUGUCAUGAAUAUUUGUUGAUUGUAUUGUUUUGGUAGAACAAUUGACAUCAAAUUCUGGAGAAGGGCUUUGCAGAUAUUUUCACCCUCUUUUCUUCUCUGAUAUUCAAUGUUGAUGUCAAUCAAAUUCUUUGAUCUGUUGAGAUUCAUAUAUUUGUUUGUGUUGUUUCAUUGUGUGAUUUUUCCCGAAGAUCACAUUUUUAGGACAGAAUGUAUAUUUGAUGUGCGUCCUUUUCUUUUUAAAGCUUCCUUGAGAGAGAGAGAGAGAGAGAGAGAGAGAGAGAGAGAGAGAGAGCUGUUUUUGCUCAACACUUUUUGAUGAAAUGGCUCGUAAGGUUAGCGCGACAGAGCAAGAAGCUGACUUUAGCUGUGUGAUUGGGUGCUGUCUAACCCGCCAUCAAAAGCAGGGUUACAUCAUCCCUCUUCCUCUGCACAAUUGAGAUGGACUGGUGCAAGUGUAAUGUUUGUCAUUUGCCUUCCCAGCUUCUAAUGAUGGGUACUACUGACUACUUUCUUCCUUCUCCCGGUCAUUGAUGAGCUGUCUUUGUUCGAACCCGAAUCUUGAAGAGUUUGGAGAGGGAUAUCUCACUGAACAACAAACACAUUCUUGGUCC